AUGGUUUCUUCCGCUAAGGGUUCAUUCUCGAAAAGAAAGGGCUCGAAACGAACACCCCAGUCAAGGUCACCAAAUGCAUCGGAUCACACCAAUCAUUCGAACGCUACGUUACAAGCUUCUCCACCUUCGACGGAGUUUGGUUUCCAGCAGAUACCUCAGAAACUAUCUCGAAGCCAGUAUCCCACAUAUUUUGUCUCGCCGACAGUGUAUCUAACCGGCCCUCUCGAACUGGAUGAUGCCGACUAUCAAGUUUACCUUAAUGCCGCUGAUCGUGAACGCAGAGCCUCGGCGACUCAUUACUCAAACCCAGCUCAAAGAAUAGCUUUCGUUUCGGACGACUGGAUUGAAAGAAUCAUAGAGUCAACAAGCAAUGUCCUAUCUGAAGCAGGUGCUCCAACAUCUGGUUCUAAGUCCAACUCGUCACCCGACCUACAACCAGUUUCUCCACGCGUGCGGUCACCACAUACUCUGGGGCUAAUCGACGAACUGACCGAUACCAUGGACGUUUUACAUCUUGGUCCCGCUACUCAGCCAUCGUCUCCGUCUCUUGAGCAGGGUGUAACAAAUGACGUACACACGUCGAGAGACAGUCAAACAUUAUCCUUGUCUCCAGCUCUGAGCCUUACCUAG